AACUAACCCAGCCACACCUAGCAAACAAAACGCACCACAUGCUUGUAAGAAUACGACCAGUUCUUCCCAUUCGACCACUCACCAGUGCUAUCUUUCCUAGGCGUACCUUCUUUGGCUCUUCCAAACCGCAAUCAUAUGAAAUAUCUCGGACUUUGAACGGCACACCUCGACAACUAUACGAUAUAGUUAGUGAUGUGGCCAAAUACCACGAAUUCGUUCCCUUCGUUGAAGAAUCAUUCAUCACUGAACGUUGCUCGAGAAAUACCCCCUCAAGAGCCGGUCUUCAAGUAGGUUGGAAGGACAUCAACGAACGGUUUGAAUGCAAGUUAAACUGUGUGCCGGGCGAAUUAGUCCAAGCAACCAGUUUAGAAUUGGAUCUUUUUGAGAAUUUAGAAACUAAAUGGAAGUUCAAUGAGGUAGAUGGUAAUAAAAACAAGUGUAAGAUUGAUUUUCAAUUGGUUUACAAGUUUAGAAAUCCCUUGUAUGAUCGCUUGAGUUUUAUGUUUGCUCCUCAGGUGAGUGAUAUUAUGAUCCAGGCAUUCCAAAAGAGAUUGUUUCAUAUUAAACGUGAAGAGGCAAAGUUGAAAUAUGAAGAUAAGCGAGCAGACGUUGGUUUAGAAAAGUUAUAAGGUGUGCAUGUAAAUAGUUAGCAUAGACUUUGAAUAGAAAUAUAGAUGUUCAGAUAUUC